UUAUCAGUCUGAAUUUGGGCUUCAGCUAGCCAAGCGGGCGGUUCAUCUUUGUUCAUGUCUUCCUUAGUUUGGCCUAAAUUAAAAUAAACCUACUCAACGCAAGCUCUCGUUUCUCGCUCACACAAGUUGCAGUAGCAGCCAUGUCCUCCUCCAUAGCUCUCCUCCACCUCUCCGCCACCCCCAAAACCCUAAUACCCAAAUCUUAUGUUUGCUCCUCCUUCCCGUCGUCAACCCUGGCGGCGCCCAGGUCAAUCUCUUUCCCUCAACUGGUGAAGCGAAAAUCCAAACCCAAAUCGAACAUCACCUGCAUGUCCUCCUACAACAACAACACAACAACACCAACCCCAGCCACGGAUCGGUUAAUCUCGGCCGUCGCAUACACUCUCCCUUUCUUCAACUCCCUCCAGUACGGGCGUUACCUCUUCUUCCAGUUCCCCAAAUUGGGGCUUCUCUUCGAGCCCUUAAUCCCGUUAUUGAGCCUCUACAGGUCGAUGCCCUACUCGAGCUUCGUGGCCUUCUUCGCCCUCUAUCUGGGAGUGGUCAGAAACCCUAGCUUCAGCCACUAUGUGAGGUUCAACGCGAUGCAGGCGGUGACCUUGGACGUGCUGUUGGUUCUGCCCCUGCUCAUCCAGAGGAUAUUCAGUCCGGGUCGGGCCGGGUUGGGGUAUAAGCUGAUGGUUUGGGGGCAUAAUGGUAUUUUCGUAUUUAGCGUGUUCUGCUUUGUGUAUAGUGUGGUGAGUUCCAUUUUGGGUCGUACUCCCUACUUGCCCUUUGUUGCUGAUGCCGCUGCCAGGCAGCUCUAAACUUGUGACACUCAUCCGCCAUCCGCCAUCCGCAAGCCUUUGUUGGUUUAUAAUUUCAUUUCAUAAUUUUAGCUGCUCAAUUCAAUUGUAGAACCGCUUUUCAAUUACUAUCUCACCACCUGUUUCCGGUAAAUUAAGGUCAAACGAU